AUGGUGGCAGGCCCGCCGCCCCGCCGACAGGAAAACGACUUUGGGGGUGGGGGUGGCAGCGGCAUGCGUGCCUGGGGCACUCGAGAGGUCAAUGAGGGCAGGGGCUAUGGCGGUGGCCGGGAAGCGGAUUGGGGCAGCGCCAAAGGUCCAAGCAAGGGAUGGGGCAAGAGCCGCAACGAUUGGGACUACGACCGCUACGAGGACAUCGAUGGCGGCUACGGCUACGGUGGCUACGGUGGCUAUGGCGGAAAUGGUGGCUAUGGCGGAUCCAAAGGCAAGGGCAAGGGGAAAGGCAAAGGCAAGGGGAAAAGCUACGGCUAUGAUUCCUAUGGCUCUGGCUCAGGCUACUCGAUGCAUGAUGAGCGUGGCGACGUUCGGGAGCGAUCGCCACGCCGGACUGGUGGCUUCGGAGGACGGUGGAAGCAUGACCUCUAUGACAAGAAGGACGAGCCCGGCGAGUUCCGGAACUUUGGCGGCCCCAGAAAAGGAAAGGGCAAGAGCAAGGGCAAGAGCAAGUCAAACGGCAAGCCGGCGGAUCCGAAGCAGUUGGACCAGGAGCUCCACCGCUACUUCGGCCAAGAUGGGGAUAAAUCGGACAAGGUGGAGCUAGAUUCGGCGCUGGACUCCUACAUGGGCACAGAGGGCAAAGAGAGCAAAGAGGGCAAGGAGAAUGCAGAGGCCAAAGAGGCCAAGGAGAAGCCCGCAGACAAGUAG